AUGGGGGAUGCUGCCGCUGCUGCCACGUGCUGGCAUCGCCUCACUCUUCAGGAACCAGAACCAAACAGAGCUCAGCCGUGCGGCGGCCGCCUCAACUCCAAGGACGCUGGCUACAUCACCUCGCCGGGCUACCCACAGGACUACCCGUCCCACCAGAACUGUGAGUGGGUCAUCUACGCGCCUGAGCCCAGCCAGAAGAUCAUCCUCAACUUCAACCCGCACUUCGAGAUCGAAAAGCACGACUGCAAGUACGACUUCAUCGAGAUCCGGGACGGCGACAGCGAGGCGGCCGACCUGCUGGGCAAGCACUGCGGGAACAUCGCACCUCCCACCAUCGUCUCCUCCGGCCCCGCGCUCUACAUCAAGUUCACCUCGGACUACGCCCGGCAGGGCGCCGGCUUCUCCCUGCGCUACGAGAUCUACAAGACGGGCUCCGAGGAUUGCUCCCGAAACUUCACGGGCUCCAACGGCACCAUCGAGUCCCCGGGCUUCCCGGACAAGUACCCGCACAACCUGGACUGCGUGUUCACCAUCCUCGCCAAGCCGCGCACCGAGAUCCUCCUCCACUUCCUCCUCUUCGACCUGGAGCACGACCCGCUGCAGGCCGGCGAGGGCGACUGCAAGUACGACUGGCUCGACAUCUGGGACGGCAUCCCACAAGUCGGCCCCCUCAUCGGCAGGUACUGCGGCACCAGGAUGCCCUCAGACAUCCGCUCCACCACGGGCGUCCUCUCGCUGACUUUCCACACGGACCUGGCAGUAGCCAAGGAUGGCUUCUCAGCGCACUACGAGCUGCUCCCGCAGGAAGUGCCCGAAAACUUCCAGUGCAAUACACCGCUGGGCAUGGAGUCGGGCCGCAUCUCCAACGCGCAGAUCAGCGCCUCCUCCACCUACUCGGACGGGCGCUGGACGCCGCAGCAGAGCCGCCUCAACAGCGAUGACAACGGCUGGACGCCCAACGUGGACAGCAACAAGGAGUAUCUCCAGGUGGACCUGCACUUCCUGACGGUGCUCACGGCCAUCGCCACGCAGGGCGCCGUCUCCAGAGAGACGCAGACCGGCUACUACGUGCGCACCUACAAGCUGGAGGUCAGCACCAACGGGGAGGACUGGAUGAUGUACCGGCAUGGCAAGAACCACAAGCCCCGCCGCGUGGGGCCCGCCGCCUGCCGCAUCACCGAUUCGCCCUGCUCCAACCUGCUGGGGAUGCUCUCCGGCCUCAUCCCUGACACGCAGAUCUCGGCCUCGUCCAUCAGGGGCUACGACUGGUCGCCCAGCAUGGCCCGCCUCGUGAGCAGCCGCUCGGGCUGGUUCCCCCGCGUCCCCCAGGCGCAGCCGGGCGAGGAGGAGCUGCAGGUGGACCUGGGCGUCCCCAAGAACGUGCGGGGCAUCAUCAUCCAGGGGGCCCGCGGGGGUGACAGCGUGAGCACCACCGAGGCGCGCUCCUUCGUCAAGAAGUUCAAGGUGGCCUACAGCAUGACCGGGAAGGACUGGGACUUCGUCCAGGACCCCAAAACGAUGCAAGCCAAGCUUUUCGAGGGCAACAUCCACUACGACAUCCCCGAGGUGAGGCGGUUCGAGCCCGUCCCCGCGCAGUACGUCCGCGUGCACCCGGAGAGGUGGUCACCCGCCGGAAUUGGGAUGCGCCUGGAGGUGCUGGGAUGCGACUGGACAGACACGAAGGCCACGGCGGAGACGCUGGUGCCCACCCUGAACAGCGAGCUGACCACCACCCCCUACCCGACCGAUGCCGAGGCCACUGAGUGCGGCGAGAGCUGUGGGGAAGAGGAGGAUUUCCACCUGCCUGCGAGCUUCAACUGCAAUUUUGAUCUCCCCGAGGACCUCUGUGGUUGGUCACACGAUUUGGACACAGGUUACACGUGGUCUUUUCAGCCUGCAAGUACUCAGAUUGGCAGCACUGACACAAGCUCCGAGUCCGUGCCUGUUGUUGGCACGAAGUGGCAAACGAGCCAGAUGCUCCUCUUAGGUGCUGGGAAGUGCUGCUCCUCCUUCACGCGGCCGGAUGGGGACAGAUCUGUCCUUCACGCCGCCAAGUCAGUGCAAGUUGCGCUCUGGGUCAUCGCCGAGGACCAGGGCGACGAGUGGCGCGAGGGCCGCAUCAUCCUGCCCAGCUACGAGGGCGAGUACCGGAUCGUGUUCGAGGGCUUCAUCCGCAGCGGCCACCCGGGACAACUCGCCCUGGACGACAUCCACUUGGGCACGGACAUCCCGCUGGAGAACUGCAUGGAACCCCUCACAGCUUUCCCAGGUGAGAACUUCUACCCUUCAGGGGCCACCCUGCCGCCAGGGAGCGAGCCCACAGUGGACACGGUGUCAGUGCAGCCCAUCCCCGCCUACUGGUAUUACGUUAUUGCCGCCGGAGGUGCCGUUGUGGUGCUGGCGUCCGUCGCGCUGGCCCUGGUGCUCCACUACCACCGCUUCCGCUAUGCGGCAAAGAGCGGUCACGCCAUCGCCUACAAAACCUCCCACUAUGCCAACGGGGCGCCCGGGGCCGUGGAGCCCACCCUAACCAUAAAGCUAGAGCAAGAGCCCGGCGCGCGCCACAUCUCUGGCCCUCCUCCGUGUCCCCCUUGGUCCCCCCCGUGCCACCGCCUCCCUGAAUCUCUGACAAACGUUUGUAAACUAAUGCUGCACCUGGGAUCGCCGGAGGAGACACGUCGCCCGCCCGGGCACGGCCGUGGGCGCUGCGCCGCGGCGGGGCCGUUUCGGGCUGCCCCCGGGGUCCCGGCGUACGCGGGAGGGCGGGCGGCCGGCGGGAACGGCCCCUCGGGGGCUGGCUCGUCCUGCCUCUACUUGCACAGGGAACGCUCCGGGGGGUUUGUUUGUGUCUUUGUUUGUUUGUCCGUUUUCGCCUCCCCUCGGGAAGGCCCGGGACCCGCUGUGUUUACGUGGGAAGAGCGCAAUGCUUUUUGUUUUUUUGUUGCCUUAUAUCGAGCUGUGGCGGGGUUCCCGCUCCGAGCGCGUUGCUGUCCCGGCGGCGCCCGCGGAGCCCGGAGGCGUUCGGAGAGGCCCGAGGUCUUACCUUGCAUCCCGCCUUUCCCGAAGGCCCCUCCCUGCCACAGCCAUUGCGGCGCCGGGGGUCCCUCCUCGCCGCCCGCCCGCCAGCGAAUCUCCUCGAAGUUGCCUUAUGCCCGCGAAGCUCCCGAUGAAUGUUCAGUCCUGAAUUUCCCAAGACUGGAGGAUGACUUUCCCAUCCCCGAGCAAGGCUUCGAAGACAGCGACGAUCAUGAUUACUUUGGAUCGGAUAGGAACGACACACUGUUCUCUACUAACUCUCCAGGAACAUCCAAGCUGGACAAAGAGAAGAGCUGGCUCUACACCUUGGACCCCAUCCUGGUCACCAUCAUAGCGAUGAGCUCCCUCGGCGUCCUCCUCGGGGCCAUCUGCGCCGGGCUGCUGCUCUACUGCACCUGCUCAUACGCCGGCCUCUCCUCGCGCAGCUCCACCACGCUGGAGAACUACAACUUCGAGCUCUACGAUGGCAUCAAGCAGAAGGUCAAAAUGAACCACCAGAAGUGCUGCUCGGAGGCCUGAUGGGCCACCUCAGGAUCUCCCUCAACGCUGCGGUCCGGUGAGGUGGGCUGGUGGGGACAACUCCUUGUUUUUUGCUGUUUUCUACGGGAACUGAACGCCAUAAUCUCCAACGACCUGGC